GUCGUUUUCGUCAUCGUUGUUUUCGACGUGGAGUGUCUUCUUCGGUACGGCCGUGAGUGCGGGAGAUUCCGUUUUUUUUUUCGUUGUCGUUCCAUCGUUGGCCACCUCCGUUAUCGCUAGAAACUUUUUGCUGUUCGUUUUUCCACCAAACCAACCGACGGCAGGCAGAUAGCUCCUCCGUCGUUGACUGUGUGGUGUGGAUUCGCGCGCGCCUCAGUCUUUCUCUCGUGGCAAAAGCAUAGUAAAUAAUAGCAAUAAUACCAGCCAAACCAAGCAAUAACACACGAACGGCAUCGAAAAAAAAAUCAACAGCAUAAGCAACACAUUUUAACACACAGCCUGCUGCUGCUCGGCUCGCAUGAAAUGUAUGAAAAUCUUUUUCACUUCAACCUUACACCAACGGCGGCACGUUGACCAGAUCGCAGUUUGUGUGUGAAAUUUGUGCGGCGCGUCGUCAAUCUCGCGUCGUUCGUCGCCUCGGCAGUGGGACUUUUUGGUUUGCUCGUUGGCCAGCGAAUGCUGUCCGCUUAUUUGCCGGUACCGUCAUCUCGGUUCGAGCGUGUGUUGUUUUUUCUCAAUUUGUUAAGGACACGGACUGUGCCACUAAAAAAUAGGAAUAAAUUUGAAACUCACCAGUCUCGCUACAAACGAUUAUUAUCGUGCAGCGUUCUCUAAAGUGCGAGUGUGAAAUUGCACCUCCGGAAGCAGAAGAAAAGUUUGUGUUUGUGUUUUUCAGGAAGCUUACUACCGCGAGGUUCUUAGAUAGUAAUCGUUGUGCACCAGCGAAACGGCUGGCCGGGGAUUGGUCACGAUUGCAGUUGACCGAGGACCUAUUUUAAUUAACCCUUAUGUGGAUUUGCUUGCCAUGGAUCCUGGUGGACCCAUCCACGUUGUGCUUACGAGUGUAGCUAGAACAUGAAACUGGAAUGUUGUGGGGUUAGCAAGCAAACAAAACAGUGAAAAGUAAUUGAGGAGAAGAUUUGAUCACUUUGGCGCCGUGUUGGUGAAGCGAAAGCUCUCGGUAAACAACUUUUCGUCUUGGACUGCUGCUCCUGCUGCUGCUGCUGCUGUUCAAACAAUCCAAUCAAUAGCAAAAAGGAGAGAAUUUUUCUUGCCUGAUAGGGACAAUGGAGCAGCCUGCCAUCAUCGAUCUAGCAGAAAGAGGAUAUGUACUGUAAGAAGAUAUCGCACAAUAAAUUUUCUUAGAAGAAGUAAAAAAACAUGCAAGGCGGAAUUCCAGUAUCCCGUUGUUGUAACAGCCAGUAAGUGCGAUAUAGGUAUAGACAAAAAAUCAAUAAAGACCAAAAUUGUUUUCGGACAGAUUCAGCUCAACUGAAGCGAAAAACUCACAUUCAACUUUUUGUUGCCUUCAUCCGAGUAGGCUGCAAUAAGGGAGCCCAGCAGAUACGGCCCCUAGGAAACGGACAGGAAAACAGUUUGAAGAAGAGCAAAAAGAGAAGAGCAAAGCAAAGGAAGAAGCAUCGAACCAAUAUCCUUACGCACGCACGGAGAGAAAAAUCACAGCUACGAGUGUAAUAAUGAAUUUGGUAAAUUUUACGCCAAUCUGUGGGUGUUGGUUACGCUACUAGUGCUGCUGUCGAUAGUACUCCCUCUGCUGUCGUUUUGUUGAACCUGCAGUCGAGACGGUGGUGGGUGGUAGAAUAUUAACCUGGUGGAGGUGGUGAAAUGUAAGUGUCGAUUCCACCACUGUACGGCACCGCAACCAGCGCCCACUAUUCGAACUCUCUCCCCCCAAACAGCCACGAGUGUUAGUGCUCGCGGUGCUCAUCGCUGUGUGAGAGUGCAUAAACCCCACUAAUGACUUUAUAGAACGGUUGGUGAGGCGUUAGGAAGUGUCACACGACCGUAUCGUUACAACUACACACUCAGCCAAGGGAACAUCUCUCGGACUGACUGACAAAGGCAAAACGCUAGACAGAAGAGUCUCUAUUGCGCAUAAAUUGAAAGCAUAUUGGAUGUUGUCGCUAUUUUUUCGCUGACAUGAAAAACUUUACCAGUGUGUUGGUGUGAAAUAAUAUCAAAUUAUAUUACACCCCAGUUUGGUGUGUUGGUGUGUCAACCCGUGAGCCGCAACACGACACAAGAGAAUAAAUAAAGAGUAUGCACGAAAAUGAAUAUGUCCACGCACGCAUACACUGCUGCCGAAGUAAACCCGCAAACAACCCAAAAGAGGGAGAGUUUGUAAAAAUAAUAAACAACGGCAUCAAAAGAAAAUAAAUAACAGCUCCAAUAUACACAUGCACCUAGAAGAUAGUGUCGAGUCUUGUCGUGGGAGAGAAGGAGUGUGGCCAGCAAAUGUAUGAGAAGCCGCGAAGAGAGAUGAAAGGAAUGCCACAAGACUGAGCAGCAAGAAAAAAAAAAGAGUCAAAGCCCUCUUUAAUAAUCGCAAUCGCACCCCCGCCGACGGAGUCCACCAACGUUCACACUACCAGCGUCAACGGAAAGUCUCCUUCCGAGAACCGGUUUUUGUCCUCUUCUUGGUGACGACGACUUCACACAAGACUUUUCGCUCUCUAAUCCGAUGUUAGUGUGCCGAUUGGACGCGACACACCAAUCCGCGACGAUUAUCACACAAAAUAGAGGGAGUGGCCUGACUACAAGCAGCACCGCAUUCGACGGAGUGUGUGUGCACACUGGUGCGAGCGAGAGGAACAGAGGGGUGCGGCCGACACCAGUUCGACACGAAAGGUGUGAUUACAGACACCAAAAACCAGACACCAAGCGCUUAGUUUGUCGCUGCAGCGGUAACCAGUUCAUACACGGCCGGCGUGAAGUUAGCAUCGUUGUUGUUGUUGUAGUUUUUGUUUCACUUUUUUCUCUCGCUCUCGUGCGGCUCUCGCAGCCUCCCCCUCGCAAUUGUGGAGCCCAACGCAGCACCCUCCCCAACCAUUAACACAAUGAGUCCAGUGGAUCCGGUAUGGAUGUGAGUGUUUCACGCCAUUUCACGAUACAACACGCACUUUUCACGACUUUUUCGAUGCGUAUUAGUAGUGGCUCCGUCCGUAGCGGUCCGAAUCUGGUGGCACAGGCUAAUAAGCCCUGCGGUGUUGUCGUAAACGAAGCGUGUGUAAACCCGACUUUUUCUUUCGCGAUCUACAGAUUCGAGAGCGGCGCCGAGAAAUUUCGUCGAAAUUAGGAUAAACCAACAAAGCUGCAGAAAAGCUAACAUCGCAGUUUUUGGGUACGGCCGGAAGUGUGAGUGUUACGUGUUAUACCGAACCGUGUCGAAUAUUUACCACAGGAGCCUUCUGCACUGCGCCCGCUUAGCGACCUAGUAAUUAAUUAUUGAAAGCUCCAAAUUAAAAUAUUGCCCAACCUGUUACAGUACCAAAUGCUCUAGUUAGCUCGACUUGGAAAACAAUCAGUGAUGUGAGUGACAGAAGGGUAUGAAUUAUCAUGAAUAUAUUAUGCAAGAAAAUUAAUUACUGUGAAUGUACUGUGAAUUUACACUGAAAGUUAAGAAAAUCCUAACAAAGUGCCGUGUUACAUGGAUAAAUAUAAAGCGAUUCAGUAAUAUUGGGAGGAAAGAAAUCAGGAGUAAUUUUUCAGAUUAUUUUAUCCGUCGCCGUGGCCGUAGUAAAGUAGUAAGGAAAACAACGACGAGACACACGUGUGGUGCGAACUCUCGGUGAUGUUGUGAUGAGAUACGACGGUCAAGAAUUACUUCAAUCUGACGAAUUCAGUAGGCCGGCGAAGGGAAUGGCCUACCAUCCAUUCCUGCAGCUACCGAGACCCACUGACUUCAGCGUGUCGUCGCUGUUGACUGCGGGCUCUCCGCCGCAAGGACAGAACUCGCCAAGCGCCGGAGGUGCCGGAGUGGCAGCAGCUGCUGCCGCGAGUGCUGCCGCUGCCACCGCCGCUAACGUUCCGUACUUUCCGGCCGCCGCCCUAGCGGCCCUUUCUGGUGCCCCCGGUGGGCCCCCGCCACAUUUGUACCCGGGGGCACUGUUGCCCAAGUUACCUCCACACCAUCCGCAUCCGCACCACCCACUCGGAACGGCGUACACAACCGCAGAGGACGUUGUAAUGGCUGCCGUCGCUGCCCAUCAGCACCAUUCGGCGAUGAGACCACUGCGGGCGCUACAACCAGAAGAUGACGGAGUUGUCGAUGACCCCAAGGUGACACUCGAGGGCAAAGAGCUGUGGGAGAAGUUCCACAAGCUCGGAACGGAGAUGGUCAUCACGAAAAGUGGCAGACAAAUGUUCCCGCAGAUGAAAUUUCGAGUGUCGGGACUAGAUGCAAAAGCGAAGUACAUUUUGUUACUAGAUAUCGUGGCUGCGGAUGACUAUCGGUACAAGUUUCAUAACAGCCGAUGGAUGGUGGCUGGUAAGGCGGAUCCGGAAAUGCCGAAACGAAUGUACAUCCAUCCGGACUCACCAUCAACCGGCGAGCAGUGGAUGCAGAAGGUUGUCUCGUUUCACAAGCUGAAACUGACCAACAACAUUAGUGAUAAGCAUGGAUUUGUCGGCGAUGCCUCCGUCGUCUGGACGAUACUUAAUUCAAUGCACAAAUACCAGCCCCGAUUUCACUUAGUCCGAGCAAACGAUAUCCUGAAGCUACCGUAUUCUACGUUUCGGACGUACGUGUUUAAGGAGACCGAGUUCAUAGCCGUUACUGCAUAUCAAAAUGAAAAAAUAACGCAAUUGAAAAUAGAUAAUAACCCUUUUGCGAAAGGAUUUCGUGAUACCGGCGCUGGAAAGCGGGAGAAAAAUGGCUCUUUCCCUCUUUCCAGCUGCUCUGCUUUCCGACAAUCGCUGAUAGGUCAACGGAGUGGAGACGGUGACAAGCUAAGCCCGAGUUCCGUCAGCUCCUCCCGAGGUCCAGCUGGAUUGGACCACCGAACGAAUAGCAUAUCAAACCUAGACGACGACGACAAGCUACUGGAUGUCGUCGGGCCACCGCAAAGUCCGCUUCUCUCCCUUAGCCAGCAAAUGCAGCAUCAUGCAGGUUGGUUCAACUUUGAAGACGUACAGCGAGCAGAAGAAGCUAUGCGAAGGCGGCUUCAAUCCGAUGAGAACGAGCGCGACGGAAGUGAUUCCAAUUGCUCGGACAGUGUUUCAGGAAGCACAGGUGCCUUUCGUCCGACUUCGGGCAGUCCUAAGGAGUCAUCAAGUAGCGCCGGUACAUCAUAUCCUUCGCCGAAUAUCUCCGUGGGGCCACCAAUCCACCCGCCGCCACACUUGUUACCGUAUCUCUAUCCACCGGGUCUGUACCCCCCACAUCAUCUGUCUCUGCUGCAUAACCACGCGGCGGCGGCAGCGAUGAACCCAAGCUUACUAUUCAAUGCCCAACUUGCCCUGGCGGCACAACAUCCGGCCUUUUUUGGUCACUACUCUGGUCACUCACCAUCCUCGCCACUGCACAGCCUCAAAGGCCAUCGGUUUUCGCCGUAUAGUUUGCCCGGAUCAGGUAUUGGAUCGGCAUUUGAUGCCGUUACACCCGGAUCUAAUUCCGGGGGUCCACGUAGUCUUAGCAGUAGUCCCCAUCCACGAGCUGCCUCAAAUUCGCCGCCCACCAGGCCAAUCUCGGUUUCGCCAACACCAACGCAAAACCCUACGUCUCCGGUUUCGGCAGAAGCAACGUCCGCUGCAAUUCCUCCACCACAGGCAGCUUCUACGGCACCUACGGUUACGGCUAUGCCUUCGAACUCACCAUCCGAGUUGAAAAGCAUAGAGAAAAUGGUCAAUGGACUAGAAGUGCAGCACAACAUCAAUGGUAAUAUGGAGAAUAGCAAGCUUCAGCAACUCGCCGGACACGAUCAGUGACGACUCCUGGACUGUCCAACGAGUGACAGCAAUCUGAAGCUCGACCAGGACAUGUGACAGUUGGCAAUAAGUUCCAGCAAGCUAUUCAGUGCACUAUGAAUUUCUUGCACGGUGUCUGUCAUCGGUCUUCAUACCCACGGGGCAAGGGUUUCGUAUGAGAAGCAUGUUAGAUGAACCUGUUAUUUAGAUGAAUUACUGUGCAAAUAUUUAUGAUUAAAGCUUAGACCGCAGCGGAAGGCUGGGAACGCGAUCAGUCACGAAUAAUGAAGCGUCUAGGAGUUUUGUGUAAAGUUAGCUAAAUGAAUCCUUAAAGGGUCAUAUAAAAAUUUGCAUUAUUUUAAAAACUACCAACAUGUUCAAUUUCAAUCGCUUAGUAUUGAUCGUACUCUGGACCGAACAGGUGUAUAUUAGCAAUGGAGGCAGAGAGAUGGACAGAAAGGCCGUACUCCGGGUGCGCUAAUGGAGAAAUACGAACCAGUAUCAUUAAAGAAAAUCUCAUCGCGAAUAAUUUCAUCUUACAACUUAUUGAAAAAAAAUGGAUGAAAAACCUUUACCAAAGAGUCGAUAAACUAUUGUAAAUUAUAUUGUUGUACAGGAACGAAGUAAGAUUUGGCUCUCUGAGAGACUGAUCUUCAAACAAAUGGCUGGUCGGAGUAUAGUGAAAUCGUCAAAGGUUAGUUUCUACUGAGCGCAAUAAUCCUAACAUGCGGAAUUGAUACAGAAAGUAUUAAGCUAUAAACUGCCCAAGUCAAAACAACUAAUUGUGGGUCUGCAGUUUCAUGGUUCAUUUAUUCAGCUCUUUUUUAUCAUUUCAUUUACCGCAUAACUUUUUUUUAUGAAAUCUAUUCACCUGCAUCACUAUCUUGGCAUUAUUAAACGCGAAUAAAAUUACUUUCGAUCGAAAUCUUUAUGAGGAAAUAAAAUAAAGCGAUGCUCUAAAUGGUAAGAAACACAUAAACCAUAUGCAGCUGGUGAUCAAUCGUUUAUUUUCGAACUGAUGUAUAUUUCCAGUUCUGUAAUUUCUACAAAUAUUCGAAGCAGCGGUACAAUAUUCUGCCAGAAAAAGAAAGCAUUACUGUCAUGGGGAAUCAACUGGUAUAAACAGAGAUUACGUAAACGCGCUGGAGUGUGACUUUUGAAACAUGUGUUUUUAGAAUUAUAUUGCGUGAUUGUUUUCUGUUGAGUUUAGAACAUAUUUUUUUCAUCAGAAAUCAAUAACAUAACUAUUUUCUAAACCCGAAAAUUUUACAAAUGACGCAAAGGUACCAUGAUGAGCCUAAUGAAAAUGUUCAAAACCAUGUCAUUUGCCCUGAUAUUUCAAAUAAUUUCCAGUCAGCCUAUACGCUUUGUGCAGCUUGCUUUAUUAUAAACCUUCGAUGCUCAGAAUUUUUUCACAAAAACUGUAUUUUUUCCAUUGGACAAUCUAGUCUAUUUGUUCAAAGCAAUAAAAAAAGUUUAGUAAAGCAAUGACCUUUAACCUUUUUUUUUUAAAUUGUUGUUAAUUAACAACAUGAAGAAUACGAAUUAGUCAAGUACCUCACGUACCUCGUUUUGCGUCAAUCAUAUUUCUAAGAUAUGUUCAAAUCCACAAAAUCAGUCAUAUAUCUGCUUGCAUAUCAAUGUCAAGUUCAGAUGGGAACAUUGUUAUUUAUAUACAACGUGGGCAUGAUGAGAUUAGCAUGCUUUUUAAGUAUGCUGGAAAUUAAGUUGACGUUUCCUAGAACCGACAAUUCUGGGAAAAGGUAAAAAGAAGUUACAUUUCAUGUUCGUUAACAAUGUUACUUGAAAAUUAUUCAAAUCCGUGAAUUUUAAAUUAUAAUCAUCAUCGCAAAGUUAUGGAUAGGCGAACCAUUUCUCAAAACAUUGUAUCAUUAUGAUGAUGCUUUUCCUGUAUUUUGAGGCUAUUCCGCAGUAAAAAAACAUUCAUCUUUUCUGGCCUGAACAAAAAAUGCCGUAAAAAACUCACUAAGAACAAUGGGAAAAAUUGGAAAUAAUACAUCAUUGGAAUUUAACUACUGUGGACAUUCACAUUUCUGAAUGCAAUCACAUUCUUAGAUUAAAGUCUCUCUUUCUUUACAACGAAGACUAGGCGCUACAAUAACCUACUUGUUAUUCUUCUCAAUAUGUAGAAAGUGCAGAAUGAAUAUUCACCGCUCACUUCGUGCCCUGCAUGAACGUUGCGUGUAGCAAUUUUUUGCAUAAAACUUCUUUAUUCUGCUCUGUGCUGUAUUUCUGCCACUCGCAGAAAAAUUAAUACACUUCCUGCUUACACCACAGCUGAGCAAAACGAGAGUGGUGAAUCACGCUAGUGAGAAAACACAGAAGUACACCUCGGUACGCACUGCUAAGAUAAAUUUGGUAGCAUUCGAGCAGAGCCCAGUUUAACAUUUCUUUAAAUUUUCAUUUUUGAUUUGGCUGAAACUUUUCAUAGACGUUUGCUAUAGGCAAAAGAUGCCAUUUCGUGCUAUUGGUUUAAUUUUUUGAAACACGACCUCUUUUUGAGAAGCUAUUGAAAAAUGCUAUUUUGGAAUAACAAAUAUUUUUAGGGCCAGAACGGAUUGUUUCAUCGGUCUGACGUUUUAGACAAAGAUUUAGAUGAUAAUUUUGUCUCUCCGAAAAAAAAUAUACACUCUAAAAAAAAUUUUUUUUUUGAAGUUAAUAGAAAAAUAAAAAAUCAAUCAAAAAGCUCAUUUUUGAAAAAAAACUAGUUUUUUAUAAAAACUACAAAAGAUUACCUAAACAAUGCAGAAAUCAAUUUUCAUUUAACUCUUUUUCAAAAAAUAAUAAUUUCUUUAGAGUGUAUAUUUCUUUUCGAAAAACAAAAUUAUUAUCUACAACGUUGCCGCGAACGUCACACCGAUCAAACAAACCGUACUUGCUCUAAAAAUAUUUGUAAUCAUCAAUACCUUCCUGAAAUAUUAUUUUUCAAUAGCUACUCAAAAAAUGAGUCGUGUUCCGAAAAAUCAAACCAAUAGCACAAAAUGGCAUCUUUUGCUUAUAAAAACGUCUAUGCAAAGUUUCAGCUUAAUAAAAAAUGGUCGAUUAAAUUAAUUGCCUUUUUUUGUGGAAUUGCUCAAGAGCAAACAUGCGCGCAUAUGCGUAACGUACGGCUGGAUUUAUUUUUUUUCAGUUUCGAGAUAAAAAACAAACAAACGCAAUCUACUUUCCCACCUACAUGCUCCCCUCAUUCGAUAUAAGCUUAAGAGACUUACAUUAAAACCACUGCAGUGAGAUCUGUUGGGUUGUUAUUGUGCGUAUUGUCCUCUCGUGUGAGAAAGCUUACCGCCGAUUUCGAUACAAUUAUACCACAUAAUUUCAGGGGAUGUGAAAAUUUUAUACAAAAGUUCACGUCCCUCAACCGACGUGAAAACUAUCAAACUACAAAAAUCUACGCCAAUAAUUUGACAGGUCAAAACAAAUCAUAAGAACAUAUUUACCGUCAUGGGCAAAAGAUAUAUUCAUGCGAAAAAGUUUCAACAUCUUCCCACAUGUUCAAUUUAUUAUUUUUCAAAACGUGUGAACGAGGUCAAAAAGUUAUGAACCCACAAAGUUUUGAUUUCGAUAAAAUAAUGAUGCUGUGCAAAAAACAUGUACAUGACAGAACUAAAUAAUAGCGUCAGUAUUAAAUGAAACAUGAUUGCAAAUUAAUAAAUUACCAUUAGAUCAUUGAAAACUAUCCAAUUUUGAUGAAUUGUGCAGUAUUUAUUACUUUAAGAGAAUCGUACUUUUUAGAGAAAUUUCCUAAUAUGUCUUUCUUAUUGAUUUUAUCUGUAUCAUUAAGACUUUUCUGCUACAAAUGGUUUGUUAUGCGGUAUGGUUUCGCAUCUUUCUAAGUCUGCCUAUUUAUAAUAAUAUUUUGAUUGCUUGAAUGUCUUUCAAUUUUUUUUAAAUAAAUAGUUUUUCACUAUUCGCGCAAAAAAAAAAAUUAAAACUUCCAAGCAAAGUUAAAAUUUAGACAAAAUCAGUCCUUACUUUGCAAAAAAUAAUGAUCGGGAAAAAUGCUAAGGUUCUUAACUUGCGGCUUGUUGUUCGCCCAGAUGUCUUUGAUUCUGACCAUUGUUAUAGUUACGAAAAGUUUCGAAACAUUGGAUGGCAAGAAAACCAGUUAAAUAGAUGUGGAAUAAUUCAAGCUUUACUUGAAGUAAAAAUUCUACAAAUAUUAUAUUGUAUGGUAUAAUUUGGACACUAUACCUUAUUUGUUUAUAAUUUAAAGGGGUCAUUCACAUUCGCCGUGAACAGCUUUUUUGGGGAAAGGAGGAUGCGACAUGUCUACGAAUUAUACAAAAUUUUUAGGAAAUGGGCGGUAAUUCGGUAAUUCAAACAUAGUUUUACUGCUUCCUCGAAAUGCUAUCAAUUCAAGCAUGCUAAAUUUUAUAAAUCAUGAGCAUUAUCAACAUGUCACAAACUAGAAACCAGUGAUUAUUUAUAUUUAGUUCUUCUAAAUAAAACGAGCUGUCGUUCCUUACUACACUAGAGCUAACAAACGUAUCAUUGCAUCAACCGACCAGCCACAUUAAGCAAAAUGCAUCUCAUUGUACAUUUUGUACAGUUAUUAUAGCAUAUUUUAAAGAAAUACAAAACAAAAUACUAACAGCAUUUGAAAAACCAAGUGACGAUUGACCUUUUUUCUAAGAAACAAAACAAACUAACAUAUAUAGUUAUACUUGACAAGAAAAAAAACAAAAACAAACCAUCAUGCAAUUCAUUAAUUACAACAUUUAAAACACAAAAUGCAAGUACUAUAGCAGAAUUGAAUCUUUUUAACGCAAACGAGAUAAAAUAGUGAACAAAACAAGUGUAAACUCAAAUCAAACUAGACUCGAAAGGCCCGCUAAACGUAAAAAAAUCAGAAUCUCGCUAAAAGCGACUGUGUACGGCAAAAAUGAACUAAGUUUAAAGGAGCGAAUAUGGAAAAAAGUUUUGCCUUCGCUGCCUCUAGCCUGCCUAAUUUUGUUAAACCUUCGCUUUCUCGCAUGCGUCAACAGGUCACACUCAAAACAAAAUCCUCCUUAAUUCACUUCACUAGUUUCGCGAUUCGCAUUCAAUAUCAGUGUCCUCAAUAUUAGCAUGUAGUCACCACAGCAGUAUAAAAUGAAUACGAAACAAAGUUGUUAAAAGAAGUAAAACAAGCAACUAAUUGCAGGUAUCAUUAGUUAUGGCAGAAAUAGUAACUAUUAGGUAAACCCGACGAAACAGAAUAUAAUUUUAAUUACGAAUUAACUGAACAAAAAAGUGUGAUAAUUUAUUGAGUAAUAGUUUUUUUUUCCUUAAUUUUAUUAUUAACAUCUGUCAUCCAAGCAGAGACUAAGUUCCCCAGGAGAGUGAUCCUGUUAUGUUUUGUUACAAAGCAAUAUUACUAUUAGCGACCGUUUCUAGGCAACCCAAACAGUUCAAUUUGAGACAAAUGCAGCAAGCGCUGACCAGAAAUGAAACUGAAAUCAACCAACCGAGAACAAUGCCCAGAGAGAGUUUUGUCUCGUAACAUCAGCACCACAAGAGACACAAGAAAACAAAAACAAAACUAGACUAUUUUUGUAAGUCGUAAAGAGCAAUAAUUGAAAAGUAAAUAUAUGACAAAACUAUUUUAAGAAAUAAAUUAAAAAUAUUAUAAUUAAAAUUUA